CACAGCUCCUUGGCACAUUACAGACGUAUAUUCUGCCUUUUAUCUGAGGAAAUGACUGGUGUCCUGCCGCGGAUUUAUUCUCUUUACAGAAAAAUGUAAAUGUUCCUACAGUGCCAGGUCGACUAAAACAUUCUAGUGGGCUUCGCGCACCCUCUAGUGUUUGCAGGAGCUCCCCUUGGAACAACGCGAGGCGCGGGAACUACAAUGCCCGGCAUUCCAAAACACUGCUGAAAGGCUGUGGCAUGCUGGGAGUUGUAGUGUUAAUCAGUCUUCACCCUCAUGGGUUGCUCGCCUUCCAUCUGUCGCAGGGACAUUCCCCGCCCCUUUUCGUAGCCUAGCAACGGCGUCGUGUUGCGCAGCCUUCCAUUCCCGUCGUGCCUUUGGAGCUCAAAAUGGCGGCUGCCAUGUAGUUGUAAGAUGUAAUCAUUAAAAGUGCAGGUGGAAGAAUGGAGGAUUCCUCAGUGUUUCUCCUGUGCUUGGCGACUAGCAGUGGCGUCCCUCUGUACUGCAGGAGCAAGGGCAGCAGCCGGCAGCUGACUUUUUCCGUGAUUGGAUCACUGAAUGGCGUGCAUAUGUUUGCCAGUAACCAGGAUGUUCUGCUGACAUCUACAUGCACCGACAACACCAGGGUUGCCUGGAGAGCCUUCCAUGACAGUAUCACAUUAAUUGUGAUGUCCUCAGAAAGCGGAGCCAGCGACCUGUCCCUAAAUAGACUUCUAGAAAAUGUUUUCAAUGCCAUGGUUUUGGUGAUUGGUUUAGACGAUCUGGUUAACAUUAAAAAUGUUGAACGACUGAAGAAAGAUUUAAGGGCAUGCUACAGGCUGAUUGAUAGCUUCUUAUUGGAGACUGAAAAAAUUGGAGACCUCACACAAUGUGUUGAUUGUGUUAUUGCUUACGAUGUACCCAUUCUCCAGGAAUGUCUCGACGGCUUCACCCAGGCAGCAGAAAGUAACUUUGGGUGUCUCAUGGCAGGGGGGAAGGUAGUGGUGGCCACUGAGAAAUGGUGGAGGCUGUCAUCCCAGGAGGUCAUGCUGCUGUGCUGGCUGGUAUCUUCUCUGGCACCUCACUCUUCAAGGGACUACCCAGUGUAUCUGCCUCAAGGGAGUCCUACGGUUCCACACAGACUACUUACAUUCCAACUGGUACCUGGGGUAGAUGUUUGUGUUCUUUGUGGACCAAAACCCUCUCUACAGAAGGUAGAGACAGAGUUAGUAGAAAGGUUCUGGAAGCCUGUUCACGAUCCACUCAAAUCUUGUUUGAGAGUACAGAUGAGAUCAUUUCCGGCCUCCGUUCCACUCCACCAUGGAAUUCUAGGUCUCCUGCUGAUUAAUCGGGAUAUGAAUAAAAGUUUAUACACUGUGCAAGCGCACCCCAUGGAGGAAAUGCAAAAAACAGAUCUGAAACUUACACUGGAACAGAGAAGAGCUACACUUCACUCCUUCUACACCCUCGCCAUGUCCCGUUAUUUCCCAUCUGAACGCACUGAAGGGAAAAAUACUCUCCCAUCAGACGAGUCAUUCCAGUGUGGAUUCAGUCACAAUGCACAUCAGUGCUACACCGUCUCCAGCUCCUGCAAGUGCUACGGAAUGAAAACGGACCUGCACCUGCUCUUCUUGCUGUUCAAGCCUGAAGUCCCCACGUUUAGCAUGCGCUCCAUAGCCAACAAAACUAUUGCGGCCUUCACCAAGGACUUUCCAUUCUAAACGCCUUUCAUAGCAGAACGGUGACUGCUCACAAGGUAAAACUCAGGAGUGAUAUAUAUCCGACACUAGAAGCUACAGAACAUGUACUUUACAAAUCAUAAAAUGAACGCUAAAAACCAAAAGAUUCACACACAGCCACAAAUCAGGAUACGUAUCCUUGUGAGAGGUUCUUACGGGAAUUUUAGCUGUUUGCAAAAGCCACUUCCCUUUCUUCAGAAGGGGCAAAUUUAUUGCAUCAUCUGUGCAAAACACCUGUUGUGUCUCUCAACACACCUACUUUUCCUAUUUGCCUAAUUAGGAGAUACUUAAAGCUGCAGGUGUUGAAAACGUAAUGUUGCACAAAGGGAACCGGCAGCUGCUAGUGGAAUGGGUUUAACACUCUUAAGCCUCUUGUUUGUACCUUAAAGUACUUAAACCUCAGAACUUAAAUAGAUAUUAAUAAUAUUUAAUCUGCGCUAUUUCCCAGGGCCCAACGCCCAAUAAUCCAAGGAGCACCAGCUUGCUAUUCUCUUAUCUCUAGGGUAAUGUGGAGCAGCAAUACUUUCUUAAAGUAGAACUAAAGCUUAACUAAAGAAGUAGCUAGAAAUGUUGUAUAUUAAGUUUUAGGCUUCAGUACCAGCCCAAGGCAACCACAGCCCUUUAGCAGUAAAGAUAUGUGUCUCCAAAGAUGC